AUGAGCUCCAAAGCGUCGACGAAGGGCGGCCGGGGCAAGCCCAAGUCUUCUAAAUCCGUUUCCCGAUCGUCCAAGGCCGGUUUGCAGUUCCCUGUCGGGAGGAUCGCGCGUUUUCUGAAGACCGGAAAAUACGCCGAACGCGUCGGCGCCGGCGCUCCGGUUUACCUCUCCGCUGUUCUGGAAUACUUGGCCGCUGAGGUAUUGGAGCUUGCGGGGAAUGCAGCAAGGGACAACAAGAAAACCAGGAUUGUGCCAAGGCACAUACAGUUAGCAGUUAGGAAUGAUGAGGAGUUGAGCAAGCUGCUCGGCAGCGUGACCAUCGCUAAUGGUGGUGUGUUGCCGAACAUUCACCAAACUUUGUUGCCCAAAAAAACUGGUGGGAAGGGGGAGAAGGAGAUUGGAUCAGCAUCACAAGAGUUUUAG